AUGACUAAGGCCGGCAGAAUGGAUGAUACAGCAGCAACGGCAACAUUGCUGGCUUUGCCAAUUCGCCGUACUAAUAGAGCCAGAAUUCUCGCUCCGUACACGUACCCUGCGUCUCUUACAUCCAAUGAUACCAUGAUACACAUCCAACAGGCGACCACCGAGGAAAGUCGUGAAAGCACCGUCACAAUCAGAACCUCAUUAUCGAUGGCUGGCAUUAUCGUCGGCUCUGUACUCUUGAGUGCGCAUCUUUUCGGACUGCUAGCGUUGGCUAUCUACAGCUUUAUCAAGAAACCGUUCUCUCAUUGGCUGGGUGCAGAGAUCAUGGUCAAGGCGGGUACAGCGUAUGCGGAGAUACUAGGUGCCACAGAAGGAGACAAGCAGUGGAGGAACGCGGCUGCUGCUUGUAAGGGGUUCAUCGGGGACGAGAGGGCCGAGAAUGAGGUCGGGAGAAUGGCGUUUGGCGCUCCCAUGGGCUUGAGUACGAAGAAGGAGAGGAGAUUCGAGGGGUUAUAG